GCUCUCUAGCUUUCCUAACCGCUUUUCUCAUUUCCUUUGACAUCACACUAUGACAAACCUCUGGAGCUAUUUUUUCGGCGCGAAGGAUGAGUUGGAUCCUGCGAUGCGGGACUUGCUCGACAAGGGCGAGAUCACUCAGGAGGAAGUGGACCGCCAGCUCACGAUAAUGGAGGCGGAGAAGGAGGAGGUACAGGCAAAACACCAAGCGGAAAUCGACCAGUGGUACGCGCGCAAUGUAAAUCAGCGCUUUAACCUCCCCGCGGACGCGCGGUUGCCGUUGAUUGCGGGUGGGGUAAGCAUCUGGUCCGGAUGCUUUGGCUUCUACAACGGCUUGAAGGCGGCCUCGUUAAAGUACUUGGCGGAAAACGCACACCGCUUGCCCAAGAAGAAGGGGGGCUGGUACUUCUAUCACAAGAGAAAAAACCACGUGUGCUACAUGAAGGGCAUGGAGGCUGCCUUCAAGAACCUCGCGCGCACCAACAUCCUCGUAGUGGGCGGGCUCUUUGGCACCGAAGCGUUGUUAGACAAGGCCCGAGGCCAGAUUGACUUUUUGAACACGACUGUGGCCGCCGUGGCUGCCGGUGCUACCUACGGCGGGUUAUUCAAAUUAACCCGUGUGCAGACCGUGAACCUCAUGAGACAGGGCUUGUGGCUCGGGUUGGCCGGUGGGUUGUUCCAGGACUAUUUCAUCUAUAAGAGAAGCCCCCAGGACGUGUGGUACGCAAAGUAUGCCUUGCACACGGGGGAGAAGCUCGCAGAUGCCUAGAAACAUAGCAUGUACUAUACCUGUAAAUAAAUGUAAAACCAUGAUUAG